AGGAAUGGCCAGGCCAAGCUAGCCAAACAACACGGAGUCAUUUUUAUGUAAAUUUAGAUAAUUCGCCUUUGUUUAUCUACUUUCACGUACCAAGUAGAUCUCACUAAUUAAUUUUACAAAAUGGUCGAAGAUUUACGGAAAUAUCUGAACAAUUUAUUAGAAAAGGUAAAUGGUCUACACUGUAUAAUAAUAACUGACCGGGAUGGUGUGCCUUUGGUACGGUCAGUUACCGAAAGAGCUCCACAAUUAGCCCUCCGGCCGAACUUUAUUUCGACGUUUGGGAUGGCGACAGAUCAAGCUAGCAAACUAGGAUUAGGAAGGAAUAAAACUAUUAUUUCGAUGUAUUCUAGUUAUCAGGUGAUUCAAAUGAACAAACUGCCCCUGGUUAUUACAUUCAUCGGUAGUGACAACGCCAACACUGGCCACAUUCUGUCUCUGGAGAGUCAAAUAGAGCCGUUCCUGAAAGACUUGGCGGUUGUAGUGUCAGAGGCGGGGGCUUAGAGUUCGUGAUUUAAGCUUAUUAUACAGGUUUAUACCUAUUCAUACCUACUAAAAGUGGGCAUUGAAAUAAUAUAUAUUAUAUUGCUAUAAUGGGCUAUAUUUUUGCUUUUGAAAUUCCUGGAUGGAUUUGAAAUUAAUAAAAUUUUCUUAUCAACUCAUGCUUGGCGCUUUACCUGAGUUGACUGAGGUUAUGACUUAUAUAGCCUGUGUUAUCCUAUAAGGCUAUACCACAGAUUACCCACAAUAGAUUAAGCAUGUAUCAAUACUUGUUUGCGUGGUAAAAGAAUUGUGGGGUGAAUGAUCUAAACUAAUUCUUAUAGUCCAAAUAGUUUUGUAAUUAGCAUAAAAGUUGUAAUUUUACAAUCAUGCAAAUUGAUUCCUUCAAAAUGAAAGGGGUUUCAUCACUUAUAUACUAAGAAAUAAUCUGUGAUAAAUCAUUAAUGUGUGGUGACCGUGGGCGCCAAAUGGAAUCUAUUGGGGGUAAUAUCUGGGCUAUAUCCAUUGGGAAUGUGAUAGGAAUUUAAAAAAAGCCACAAUGAGUUGUGUGACUAUUGAUACUGGAUAGGUCUAUCUGGGAAUUCCAAAACUGUUUCGCCCUUGGAUAAAAACAUAAGGGGUUAUGCCAAUUCUAUAUUAUUGUUAAUUAUUGUGUAAUUAUUCAUAGUUUGUUUAUACUUCUUAUAUAAUAAAUUGUAUCCUGUAACAUCAA